GAGUCUGAUGCUUGUGUCGUGAUGUCGAACAUCAGAAGGUCCUGGUCUCUCCUCAGAAGGUUCACGUGUCGGACUGAGGUCCAGUCCUCCAGGACCAGUUCCUGCUCCAGCGGCGUGUUCCUGUCGGACAGGGGCCUGGUCCUGAAGUCUCAGUCCACCGAUGUGUUCCAGAACCUGGCCCUGGAGGACUGGAUCGACACCAACGUGGACCUGCAGCAGCGCGGCGUCCUGCUGCUGUGGAGGAACCGGCCUGCCGUCGUCAUCGGACGCCACCAGAACCCCUGGACCGAGUGCGACCUGCCGGCCAUGAGGAGGAUGGGGAUCCCUGUGGCCCGCAGGCGGAGCGGCGGCGGGACGGUGUUCCACGACCUCGGGAACCUCAACCUGACCUUCUUCGCCUCCAAGAAGGAGUACGACCGGCGGAGGAACCUGAAGGUCGUCACCGAGGCUCUGAGGCGGCUCAGCCCGGGACUCCACGUCCAGGCCACGGACAGAUUCGACAUUUUACUCAACGGACACCUCAAGAUCUCAGGAACUGCGUCCAGACUGAGCAGGAAGUCGUCGUACCAUCACUGCACGCUGCUUCACUCCGCUGACCGCUCCGCCCUCUCCGCCGUGCUCCGCCCCUCCUGCCCCGGAAUCCACAGCAACGCCACCCCCAGUGUACCCUCACCUGUGGCCAACCUGCUGGACCACGCCCCCACGCUGCAGUGGGAGGAGCUUCUUGAUGGACUGGUGCACCAAUACAAUGCAGAGUUCGGCCUCAGCUCCGCCUCCAGCCUCGUCGACCCCACGGAUGAGUCCACGUUCCCCGACAUCAGCAGGAUGGAGAAGGAGCUGCGGGGCUGGGACUGGACAUUUGGGAAGACGCCUAAAUUCAGUGUGCAGACGGCGCUGGAGCUGAAGGACUCCUCUGCUCGCUGCUCCGCUCAGCUCAACAUGGAGGUGAAGAACGGGCGGAUCCAGAGCUGUGACCUCCAGGUGCCUGCAGACUGGCUUCCUGCGCGGCUGAGCGGCGAGCUGUCGGACUCGCUGGUCGGUGAGAGGUUCUGUCCUCAGCGAGCGGCCGCAGGUGGGGCCUCGCUGCUGCGGGCGGAGAGCGGCGAGCUGCAGAGCAGACUGCACAUCCUGUGUGACGCUGUGAUGUCAGUGAUGGGCUGAUGUUUGUGUCCAUGAGUCUGAUCCACUUAGUGCUGCUGGCGCCCCCAUGAGGCUCCGGCCCUCAUGACAGCUGCAGUGUGAACGUUAGCAUCAUUACAAGCAUGUGGAAAAACAAACUGUGGUCAGAUUCCCAGGUUUCAUUAAUAUUAUAUCGUUUAUCUUUGUUUUCUGACGUUUCAGAUUUUUGUUAUUUAAGAAACCGCAGCUGACAAAAGCUGAAACAAUAAAAGCAGUUUAUUUACUUGUUAUUUAUUUUAGUGGUCGUGUGUUUUCAUGUUGACGUCCGACAGAGCGAAGCAACUUGACAUAAACAAACGUGUCCGACGUGUUGUCGUUUCCUUCUUGAAGAGGAAACUGAAGAAGAAGAAACAUCACGUACUCAUGUGACUUUCACACGCAUCUGCCCUCGUGAAAGAAUCCUGUCAUCAAAUAAUACAACUGUGGUAUAAAUAUGGUUAUGAAUCCAGUUUAUAUAAAGUCAACUAUGUUUUGUAUCUAUAACCUUUAUUUACUUCUUCAGGACCUUCAAAGUUGCUUUAUA